UGCAGCUGGACAGAACAAAAACAACUGUGUCCUUUGGUAUGCAGUAUGGCGCACUUUAAUUGGACUACAUGAGACUAUUGCAUUGAGUAUGUUGGUGGCAGGUCACACGAAAUUCGCUCCAGAUUGGCAUUUCGGUGUGUGGAAAGUAAAGUGGAGAGAUUCCAAUGCAGAAACAAUGACCCAAGUGGCUGACACUGUGAGAGAGUCAUCAAGAGGUGGUCACAAUGUUCCACAAUUAGUUGACGAUCCUGACAAACCUGUUGCUUUUUACAGCUGGAAGCCAUUUCUUGAACAGUAUUUUAAACCUGUUAAACAGUUGUCCAAAUACCAUCAUUUCUUUUGUAGUUCAGUUGAACCGGGUGUUGUAUAUUGCAAGGAAUAUUUCGAUUCUGAAGAAGUUAGGGUAAAUAUACUGAAGCAAGUGCCUGAGAAAAAUGCAAUGCCUAUAGUAAAAGCUUUUCCAGGUUUGAAUGCAGCCCGUCAGUGGUAUUUGUAUGAACAAAUUGGUCAGUUCUUUAAAUCUGAUCUUGCAAAAGAUGUUGUUUGCCCAAAACCGUGUGUUCCAAAAAUAGAAAUUAAACUUGAUACAGAUUGUGAUGUAAAAGUCGGUGGUAAGAGAAGGAAUAAUUUAUUGACAUGAGACUUCAUUUUCCAAGAUAGGAAAAUUCCUUUGCCAUGAGCUAGAUGCCAUAUUCACUUAAUGCUUCAAAAGCAUAGUAUCUAUAUGAAUGAUCAGUACACAUAUAAUUAUGAAAAAAAUCUUGGAAUACAUAUUUGUUGUUAGACAAUAGUAUUUUAGUUACUUUUGAGAAUGGGCAAUAUUUAUCACAAGUUCUUAGGUGUGUUGUACUUGAAGUCGUAGAAACUGUACUCUACUUUGAACAGAAAUUUUAAAGAUUAUGUUUUGUAGACAUUGUUUCAAAUUUCAAUGCAUGUGUUAAUUUCUCGGUCACAGUGUUAGUCUUGAAAAUCAAAAAGAAAUACAGAAAUACUCUCUGCUUUCUAGGCAACAAGAAAUAUUUUAUAAGUAAUCUAAAUGUGUAUGUUAACAUUUAUUUGCUUGAAUUAUUUUUGCAUAUCUCAAAACGACAAUUUCAAGUGAAUAUUAUUAUCUAUUUAUUGAAGGCUGAAGAAAUGUGCCAAAUUAAUGUCUUUUCGAGAGCAAAAAAAUUUACGAAAAAUUCUGUCAUUAGUAUGAUUUCUAAUAUCAUGGGUAUCUAAAACCCGGAUGUCACUCAAAAGGCUGCUUUUCA